CUCUGUCUCUCUCUCUGUCUGUCUGUCUGUCUCUCUCCCUCUCUCUCUGGCUCUCUUUUUUUAAGGCAAUGAGUGGUGGUGGAAAUAUGAGGAGGGCCUCCGACACUACAGCCAGGAUGCUCUCCUCAAGGCACUGUCUCCUCUGACCCCCUCUUCAAAUGUGCCAUUAAAACCACAAGUGUAACUGGAGCAUCAUAUGAACUCAUACAUGUUUGUUUUUCUUCCUACCACCCAUAUUUUCCAGGAGUUUCCAGAGAAAACCAGACCGGUGAACUUCAAACAUGAUUUGUUCCAAUGUCCGGACAUGAGUCCCUCCCCUUCGGUCCCCAAUUCAGUUGAGUUGGUGAAGGCGGCUGACAUCAAAGUCAUCGCUGCCCUGGGAGAUUCCCUGACAACUGCGAUUGGUGCCAAUGCUACCAAUGUCCUUGGUAUUCCCAUUGAGUUCCGCCAUGUGUCAUGGAGCAUUGGAGGCCAUGGGUCUUUUAGCGAUGUCAUCACACUGGCAAGUAAGUAA